GUGUGUGUGUGUGUGUGUGUGUGUGUGCUUGUUUGCUCACUCUUAACGGCUCGGCUAUAUGCUGUGUGAAGCCGGUCUCUCCCGCGCGCCCCUUGAGAAAGAUGGGGCAUUGAUUGGAGACUGCGCUGCUUGCACUCUUAUGCGUGCAUUUGGCCUAAGAUGGGCCAGCUUUCGUCUCACAACUCGAGAGCAUGCAACUCAAAGCAGUUGUGCCUACCGGCGCCUCGUGAGACAUGAUUCCCGUUGGCAAAGGUCGCGCCGUGCAUUUGGACAAGUAAUUUCUAUCGUGGUAUGUGUGCUUAGCUCAAUCCACGAACCAAGGAUUGCGGCACGCUGCCCUGACUGCUGCACACAUCUCGCAUCAAGCCGUUGAAUGCCCUAGGCAUCUCAGGCAAAACGUGGUGUUUGCUGAAGUGCUCGUUGCGGCGCAUGUCUCAGGGUCGGGCAGGGUUGGGAUCUCCUUUGGAUGCUUAAACCAUUUGGUCAGCCCGGACAAACCACGAGCAACGCGAUGGGGAACCUCUGCGCUCCGGAGCUGGAGCUGGAUUGCCAGCUAGCUUGUGCUGGACAUGUGCACACCUGCAAGUACCCCAUGUACUUGGUGAAGGUGUCCGACUUCUUGCUGAUGUCCGGCACCCCGCAGCCCAACCACGUCCUGGCAGAGCGGGGAUUGUUGCACAAGUGGCAGCCCGGAAUGUUCACCAUCUUCGUGUCCCACCAGUGGCUGGGUGCUGGGCACCCGGACGAGACGGGACGUCAGCUGGAGGUUCUCAGGGAGGCGGUGAGGCGGCUCAUUAACGGCAAGUUGCAGGUGGAGGUGGAUGUGACCUCUGCAACGCCACUCUCCCGGUUGACUCCCUUCAACUCGAAUCGCAAAGUCUCCCGCCGGACGCGCCAGCAGAUUGCCAGCGGUUUCAUGUUUCUGGACUGGUGGGCCAUCCCACAGAUCACAGCCAGACAGCACGGAGUGAACGAAACAGAGACCAGAUCCGAAGCUGCCUUGGCGGUGCAGAGCAUUCCUGCAUAUGUGGAAGCAGCAGAUCUGUUCCUUGCACUGGUGCCCGAGCUUGUUCAUGCCAGCACGGGACUUCCCUGCGACUAUGCCUCCUGGCUGUCGAGAGGGUGGUGCCGUGCGGAACUUUGGUGCCGCCUGCUUUCCAACAAGCGGGAGACCAGCGUGGUGGUCAUCCACUCCUCCCAGGAGGCAGAAAUCAUGUUUCCCCUGGACUGGCAACGGAAUCUUAUCGCGGAUGGCUGCUUCACAGUGGAGGGCGACCGCUCCACCGUGGUAAAGCUUGGAGAAGUGGCGAUGGCAAGCAAGCUGCAGUGCUUGCGUGAAAAGGGGCCCUUGAGCCAUUACCGUUUCCACAUGGCGCAGCAGCCCAAGCUGCUGGGGAGGGAGCGGGAACAUUUCAAUGAGGAGGCGUUCUUGCAAUUCUUCAACUUCUCGAGCAUUGAGGAUGCCCUCACUGAUCAAAGCGGCGUGAAUGGCCUAUUCUGUGCCGUUCUCUCCGGGAAUGUUGCAAUGAUCCGCCUGCUGGCAGAGAACAAGGCUGAUGUCAAUCGCGGACUGCCGGAUUUGAGCGAGCUGGGCUUUUACGAGACGCAAACCAUGCUCAUGGCAGCCGCCAAGUCCCACCAGGAUCCCUCGGUGCUUUCCGCGCUCAUCGAGUGCAAGGCCGAGGUGUCCGCCAGGUCCCGCAGCGGCGUCACCGCGAGCUUUCUGGCGCGCUCCGCCGGGCAGGUACACGCCCUUGUGAAUGCGCGGGCGGAUCUGGCAGAAAUGAAUGCGCUGAACGGUGCGGCCGGCCGAGCAAAUACCGAGACUGUGAAGGCGAUUCUGGACUUGAAGAUCCAUCCGGAAUUUCAAAGAAAUGGCAAGUACGGCACCCUGCAUUCGAUUGCCCUUUGGGGCCGGGGGAACCCGGAUGCUAUCAGCAAUGCCCGGCUGCUCCUCUCACACCGAGCAGAUGCAAAUCGAGUUGCCAGACCAAAUUACGAGAUCCUGCUGGACUGCGCCGUGUGCAGCGCGAGUGCGGACAUCUGGGGCCUGGAGAACAGCUCUUCCAUCACAAGGGUCUGGGCCAGUUUGCCAGGGCUGUCGGUGUUGGGUGCCGCGGCACUCACCGGGAGCUCCUCGCUGGUGCGCCUGCUGGUGGAGUCCAAAGCGCAGGUCUCGGCCAACGAUCGCGGAGAUCUGCCGCACGAGCUUGCAGCGGCGUGCGGCCAUACGCAUCUGCUGCCCUUGUUGGAGACAUGGCAGGUGUAAUUCAUGCGGAAGUGUUUCCUGAGUCAUGUUUUGUUCCCAUGGAGAUGUGUCCGUGUGUCUGA